UCUUCCUCCUCUCUCUCUCUCUCUCGUUGGCAUUUGUAGAAGCGCUUUCUUCAUGGUGUAAAUUCUCUUCGCGUCAUUUUCCCUCUGGAAUUUUCUCGAGAAACAAACGCUCAUCUCCUGCUCCGGGAGUGUGAUCGCACAAGUUUAGGUCGUCGGAGACUCUGGUUUUCCACUCUCUCUCUCUCUCUGUCUCUGCAUUUUUGGACCCUGCGAGACUUGCGGUUUCCAUAUACGUUCAGGACUUUUCUGGUUAAACGAAUGGGUGCGGGGAGGAAGACCGAGACCUAUACCGUGAGUGAGAGUCUCACAUACUGGUCAGGGUCAGGGAGCAUCAAAACGAAUGGGAGAAAUCUCAGUAAAGGCGAACUUGGUGGAGUUAUAUUUGGAUGCAAGUUCAGCACCGUCAAAGAGUGUUACGCCAAACAGUUGUUUGGUUUACCUGCCCCUCACAUCUCCUAUGUGAAGAACAUAGACCCCGGUUUGACUCUGUUCCUGUUCAACUAUAGCGAUAGGAAACUUCACGGAAUCUUUGAGGCCGCAAGCCAUGGGAAACUGAGCAUUGAUCCCCAUGCUUGGACUUCAGAUGGGAUCGAUACAACCCCGUAUGCUGCUCAGGUAAAGGUACGAGUCCGAUUGCUUUGUGAGCCAUUGCUUGAAGAGAAGUUCAGCAAAAUAAUCGCAGAAAAUUAUUUUGCUGAGAAGCUGUUUUGGUUUGAACUGGACCAAUCUCAGACAUACAAAUUGAUCCGUUUGUUUUCACCAUUGCCAUCCAAAAGGGCACCAUCAACAUAUUUAAAGGCACCAUCACCAUCCGUAAGUGCUCUUCCACCAUCAUCAUCAGCAGUGCUCAGCGUAUCUGGAGUAAACUGUGUUGCUAAAUGGAGCAGCCUUUUCAAAUCAUCUCCUGAUUUGAAAGAAAACAGCGAGCAAUUUGCUCCAGAAGCUGUUACAGGCUCAAAGGAUGCCAUAAAUGGAGUAAACCGUGUUGCUAAAUGGAGCAGCCUUUUCAAAUCGUCACCUGAUUUGAAAGAAAACAGCGAGCAAUUUGCUCCAGAAGCUGUUACAGGCUCAAAGGAUGCCAUAAAUGGAGGAGCAUCCAGUUGUUUCAAUCCUGUUGCAUCUAAAAAAAGUAAAGGAUUGGAAAUAGCCAUGAAUGACGGAGGCAUGCAGAAAGCUCAUUCUUUGGUGUCACAUUUCCGUCCAUCUUACUCAUCCGUUGUGAGAAACACGAAUCCAUCUUCAAUUCAGAGCCGGGAAACAUAUGAAGGAGUCUCUGCCACGGCUAAUAGAACUGUGAUCAGACACCAAAUUAGUUCUCAUGAAACUAAGGAAGAUCCUUCUAAUUGUGCACAUUCGGGUGUUGAUAACAUAGAUUGGGAUGCUUCGUCCUUUCAGCUCCAUCUUGAUGGACUGAACAGGAUUCUAGAAGAUUCUGUAGAAAAUGAUUUUUGCAAUGGCUAUGGGGAAGUACCUCUUUCUCAGAACUGGAAUAUGGAACAGAGUUCCUGGUGUCUGCUGUCUAACUGGGAUUAUGAGAGUCAUCCUUUGGAUUUUGAGGAAUUUGAUCUAAAGAAAUCAACUUGUAGCUCCUCUCAUAUUUCCGCCAUUGCAGGAGAUGUAGUUGAUAACAUUGGAGAGGGCAAAGAAAAAUUUAUGGAUCUCUGUCAGCAAGGUGCUGAAAUGGGAACCGCUGCCUGUAAGGCUCUAGUGGCUGAGUUACUGAUGGAGGUGAAAGACUUGAAGCUUUCUCAAAGACAACAAACUGAUAGGAUGAAUUCUCUGGAAAAGGAAUUGAUUGAAUCAAGAAAAGAAAUAUGCCGACUAAAAGGCCAAAGUACAAGUUCUGAGGCGGAGGAGUUCCAAUCCUUAAAUGAAUGCUUCCCAGAUUCUGAGGAGACGAUACUAGUAAUUGGAGGAUCUGAUGGCUCAUCAUGGUUAUCGACUUUAGAUUGUUAUUCUCUGUCCAAGGACAAAUUGAAGUCAUUUUGUCCCAUGACUUCCUGCCGCUCAUACGCCGCUGUUGCAAUGCUGAAUGGUGAGGUAUACAUGAUAGGUGGCAUCCAUGAAUAUUUCUCUGUCGCCACUGUUGAAUCAUUCAACCACGAGAAGAACGAAUGGGUUUGGCGACCAUCCUUAAAUCAAAGGAAAGGAAACUUGGCGGCUGUUUCUCUGAAUGACAAGAUUUUUGCCCUUGGAGGUGGAGAUGGAUCUCAACCAUUUGAAAAUGUUGAAAUGCUUGAUCUACAAAUUGCAAAAUGGAUCAAUACUCAACCGAUGAUAGAAAAGAGAUUUGCUCCAGCUGCGACGGAAAUCAAUGGAGCACUCUAUGUCGUUGGAGGGUACGAUGGAACUGACUACCUGAAGUCUGUGGAAAGAUAUGAUCCUCGGGAAGCUUCUUGGACGAUGCUCGAGUGUAUGAGCACAAAGCGAGGAUGGCACUCUCUUGUUGCCCUCCAUGAAAAGCUAUAUGGGAUCGGUGGCCACAAUGGAGAUAAAAUGGUACCGACAGUUGAGGUGUUCGACCCGCGAGCUCCUCGUUGGAUAUCAGAAGAGUCAAUGAACCAAGGGAGGGGAUAUUUUGGUUCAGUAGUGAUUGGGGAUGCAAUUUAUGUGCUUGGAGGAAUAGAUGACAAUGGCAAUCUUCUAGACUCGGUUGAGUGUUACAUGGAGGGUUAUGGUUGGCAGCUGAUGGACCAAAAGGGCUUUGGUAGGAGAUCUUUCUUCUCUGCCCUUCUCUUCUAACUUUUUUUUUAAACCAAUCCUAGAAAAACCAAAAGAACAGAAAAUGAAAAAAUGCGAUCGCAUCUACUAAUCGAUGGUUCAGAUCAUAUUUGAAUGAUCGACGGUUGAUAUUGCUUGUUAA